AUGGAGAGCGGCUCUGAAGACGAAGACAACGUGCUGUCCCUGCGUGAGGAGCUGCGCGCCAAGACGCAGGCGCUCAAACAGGUGCAGGACGAGUUUGACGAGUACACCCAGUCCAGUCACGAGCUGGAGCAGGAGCUGGAGCAGGAGCUCUCUCGCGUGGAAAAGCGCAACGUCUUUCUGCUGAACAAGAGCCAGUACUUUGAGCGUGACCUGCAGCUCACGCGCUCCAAGUUGGACGAGGCGCUGGACCAAGCGCGCAAGCUCGAGGAUGAGCUGCAGACCACGCGUGCUGAGCUCAAGAGGGCUUUAGAGACACGGUGUAAACUCGAGCAGCAUCAAGAUGACCUGGAGACGCAGGUACGUGUUUUGCAAGCCACGGAGAGUGAUCUGAGGCACAAGAUGGAGCGAGAGAUCGAGGAGAAGGUGUUUCUGCUUAGUGAUCAAGAUGAGCUGCAGCACGAGCACGAAAUGGCUGCAGAGCGGUUUCGUACGGAGAUCAUGGACCUUAAGUCGGAGUUGUAUGCUCUUCAGCAAAAGUGCGAGGACGUCACGAUGGCGUCCGAGAUUCGUGGAUCGGUCUCAGGAAAUGAUAGCGUGGCUACUACUCACAGCCAGUCAGAAGACGGUGAUGAAGGCUAUAACUCGGGCUUUAGUGAAAACUUUCAGUGCCGUACAACGGUGCAAGAGCGUGACGAGAUGAGUCGUGAAGUACUCAUCGAGUCGCUUCGAGAGGAGAUUGAGGCCCUUUCUUCCGGUUUGCAGGAUGAGACAGAAGCUCGCGCUGCGGCAGAAGCUGAGGUGCAGCAACUCCGCGAAAGCCUUGCGCACAUGGAGGCUAUGGAGGCAGAAAUGACGGACAUGACUGACGAACUGAUUGGAAAAUCUCAAGAAGUACGGGCUCGCGACGAGCAAAUUGAGGGGAUGCGUGAGUCUCUGCUGAAGCUUCAGUCUGAGAUGGUAAUGAUCAACGACGGCGGCAUUGAGUUUACGAACGAGCGUGAGAACUUGCAGAAUGAAUUGAAGAACAAGGACAAAGACAUAAGCAGCCUAAGUGACGAGCUAGAAACCAUCAAGUCACAAUAUGAUGAUCUUGCCGAGAACGAGCGCCAACUCCAGAUUCGUCUCGUACACGAGAGCGAAGCUGUGGACGAGUUGAAGGAGCAGAUUGAGACUUUGACGAAGAGGCUAGAGGAAAACAAUCAAGAGCGCAGCGAGCUCGAGAGCAAACUACAGUGCGGAAAGGGUGAGAUGUCGCAGAAUCGGAGAGAGGUGGAAGACCUGAAUAGCACAAACGUAGACCUUCGAAAACAGCUUGAUGAAUCGAACGAGAGGAUAUCCGAGCUCCAACGAGCCUCUGCCUUAUUGACUGCUUCAACUGUGUCGCCGGCUGCCGACAUGGCUGAAUCUAAACGAUUGAGGAUGGAAAUACAGACAAUGCGGACGUCGAUGAACUCUUUGUCAGCAGAAAAUGCGCGACUGAGAAGUCAAGAAGGAAUGUCUACUAGCGUAGCACCUGCGAAGCGUGUGUCAGCUGACGUUUUGCGAGUCAACUAUACGCCAGAGCAGCUUGCACGAAAGUACAUUGCGGAGCGAACGCGAAACGCUUCACUGCUUUCUCGUCUACAGACUGUAUGCGGUAACAUUCAAGUGUUUUGUCGUGUACGGCCGAUUAUCAAUGAAGAGCUGGAGAAGGCAUGGGGCUCCAAGUUGGCAGUUAACGUGGUAAACCAGUCCGAUUUGGCUGCUAUGGAUGUCCGGUAUGAUCGUUUGUUGCCGAGUGACUCUGACGGAAAGGUGGUCAGUUGUGUCGACAUGGAUGCGCUGGCAAACAACAGUUCAUGGAAAGUGUUUACGUUUGAUCGAAUCAUGGGCCCUGAAGAGACGCAAAAUGACGUUUUCCGUGAAGUGGAGCCAAUUGCGCAGUCAGUUGUGGACGGGUUCAAGGCGUGUAUCUUUGCUUAUGGGCAAACUGGUUCGGGAAAAACAUAUACAAUGGAGGGUACUCCCAGUGAUCCCGGUCUGAACUAUAAGAUUAUAAGUCACCUGUUCCAGUCGAUUCAGCUGCGAGGAGCCAUACACGCGUGUGAACCUGACAAUAAGGGGCCCCAAGACGAUGAAAUGAACGGAUUGCAAACUGCGACUGAGGCAUCAGUGUACCACGUGCAAGUGGGUGUGCUUGAAAUUUACAACGACUCAGUGCGCGACUUAUUCAAUUCAACUAACAAGGCACUGGACAUUCGUCACGAUUCUGCGACCGGUGAUAUUUGCGUUCCUGAUCUGACAAUGACGACCGUGUCGUCUCCUCAGCAAACGAUUGACGUGUUGCGGACUGCGCAAUCAAACCGUGUUACCGGUAAAACUAACUCGAACAUGCACAGUAGUCGAUCGCAUAGCAUUGUGAUCGUGCAAAUCUCGAAACGCCGUCCAGAAAGAAAUGAAGCUGAUCAAGACCCAGCCGACUUUGAUGCCGACGAAGAAGGGUGUGGUAAGCUAUACCUUGUGGACCUAGCUGGUUCCGAGCGAGUCAAGAAGAGCAAUGUGAGCGGAGACAUGCUCCGGGAGGCCGCUCAUAUUAACAAGUCCCUGUCAGCCUUAGCUGAUGUCAUGGAGGCUCUGGACAAGAAGAUGUCUCACGUUCCGUACCGCAACUCGAAACUCACGUACUUGCUCCAGGACGUUCUCAACUCAUCGUGUAAGACAGUGAUGAUUGUGAAUGUGGGGCCGACAAUUGAAAAUGCUAGCGAGACAUUCCGGUCGUUGCAGUUGGCGGAACGCGUGCGCAAUAUUGUGGUGGGUAGAAACCAAAUUGUGAAAAACAAGAAAGACAUAUUAUCGGCCAAGAAAGCGUUUGCUGAGCUUCAGUCGUUGAAGCAGCAGAUGCAAAUAUCCAAGCGAAAGUACAUGCAGUCACAACAAUCUGUGGUCUCUCUGAAACGGGACCAGAAGAACCAGUCGGAAAAACAGUCGGCAACGCUGCAGAGCCGGCUUAGAGCAUGGGAGACGCAAAAUGAAAGCCUGAAGUCUCAAAAUGAAUCGCUUAAACGACUCGUCGAUGAUCUAAAUGAUCAGCUGAAGGCUGAGCGGGAGACUAAACAGAAGGAAGCGGAACAAUGCGAAGCUGCUCAACGCUUGCUUCGACAGCAGAGUGCGAAGGCCCGUGUGUCUUUGUCGCAGCAAGAGACACAGCAGAAGUUGGUUCAAGAGCGCGAAGAAGAGAUUAAAAAGCUGCGGCAGUUGUUGACGGAAGCUAGGCGCCGAAGCACUUCCUCUCUGAUUCCGCGGCUGCCGCUAUCAUCGCCACCAAUGAAGAAGUCAAAGAGCACUCGCCCUACAAGCUUACCUUGCAAUGAGGAGGGGGAUGAUAUGACCAGCGCUACAAAAGCGCACGCUGUUUCGCGCGGGGGAGGAUCGCGUUUGCAGUCUAGCAUCUCGUCAAGCAAUGGCACCCGCAGACAUCAGAGCCCGCAGAGGAGUAAGGGCUCAGCAUCAGCGCGGACAACGUCUACGUCUAAGCAGGGUACUUGGAAGUGA